CCUGCUAUGGAUAUGCGCUGCUUUUUUCUCUUCUUUCGCGUGCGUUCUCUGUUAUGGUGCGUUCUCUGAGAUGGAUCGUACGCUCGGAGUUGCGUUCUUGCGAGUUUAGUCUCAUGUUCUGCAGUCUGAUAGUUGAGUUUGGGGGAGCUUAAUGGCGGAAUAAGUAGGGGGUCUACUAUGAAUUUUCCAGCAACCGUGGAACUCAUGCGAACAAUCAUCGCGAUGAGAUUCAAGAAAUGUGAACUUUGACAUAUACAUCCACAUUGAUGAUAGAUAUGAUGGGCCAUGGAGUAUGUGAGAGCUACUUGCUUUUUCCUGGUGAAACAGCCCUUGGAGAUGCUUUCCGAACCUUCCUCUAUUUCCUUGGUCUUGCUUACUGCUUUAUUGGAUUAUCAGCUAUCACUGCAAGGUUUUUCAGUUCUAUGGAGAAUGUUGUGAAGCAGACACGUGAGGUGGUAGAGAUAGAUCCUCAAACGAAUUCGAAGGUUGUUAGACAAGAAAAGGUGUGGAAUUACACUAUAGCGGACAUUACUCUACUGGCUUUUGGAACUAGCUUCCCUCAAAUAUCUUUAGCUACUAUUGAUGCUCUAAGAAACCUCGGGGAACUCUAUGCCGGAGGUUUGGGUCCUGGAACGCUUGUAGGCUCUGCUGCAUUUGACCUGUUUCCUAUUCAUGCUGUCUGUGUCGUGGUUCCUAAAUCUGGUGAAUUGAAGAAGAUAUCUGAUCUUGCCGUUUGGGCAGUGGAGCUCUUUUGGUCUUUCUGGGCUUAUAUUUGGCUGUACAUAAUUUUGAAGGUUUGGACUCCUGACAUUGUGACACUUUGGGAGGCACUUUUAACUGUGUUGCAGUUCGGGUUACUACUGGUACAUGCAUAUGCUCAAGACAAGCGCUGGCCCUACUUAUCUAUUCCUCUAGCAAGGGGCGAGAGGCCAGAGGAAUGGGUGCCAGAAGAGGCUGCUUCAUAUAAACAUGUGGACAAUGUUGAUGGUCCAAUGUAUCACAAUGUACCUGCCAGUGAUUUAGCUGAAUCCUCUAAUGAACUUCAUGUGCUUGCACUUUGGAAGGAACAGUUUGUUGAUGCGCUGAUGUUGGAGAGUGCUGAGACAAAGAAGUUGUACAGCAUAUAUGUGCGGGCAUUGCGAAUGUUGUGGCAGUCACUUCUUGCACCUUGGAGGCUCAUGUUUGCUUUAGUUCCUCCUUGCCAAAUUGCUCAUGGCUGGUUUGCUUUCAUUUGCUCUUUAACCUUUAUCAGUGGAAUAGCUUAUGUGGUGACCAAACUCACAGAUCUAAUCAGCUGCGUGACAGGGAUAAAUGCUUAUGUCAUAGCAUUUACAGCGCUGGCUACUGGAACGUCAUGGCCAGACUUAGUUGCUAGUAAGAUUGCCGCUGAAAGGCAGACAACAGCUGACUCCGCCAUUGCAAACAUCACUUGCAGCAAUUCAGUGAACAUAUAUGUGGGCAUUGGGGUCCCGUGGCUAAUUAACACCGCAUACAACUUCAUCAUGUAUCGGGAACCUUUGAGGAUUCAAAAUGCAGCCGGACUUAGCUUCUCGUUGAUCGUGUUCUUUUCUACGUCUGUGGGGUGUAUAUCAGUUCUUGUGCUUCGGCGUCUCACAUUGGGUGCGGAAUUGGGAGGGCCAAAGCCUUGGGCUUGGUUAACCAGCGUUUACUUGAUGUUGCUCUGGGUCAUCUUUUUGGUGCUUUCCUCUCUCAAAGUUUCUGGCAUCAUUUAGGAAGUAUUUAUUCAGGUGACGUGUAGUAUUCAAAGGCCCAGGCACCGCAGGCGAUCGACUGUGGAUUUCAUUAUUGCCCUCACAAACCCUCACGAUCAGGUUGUUUGGCCCGGGCAUUGGACAUGGACGCUUCCAUUGUUUAGGCAGAUGCUCAGAAGCCCUCUCCUAUCGUAGUUACUCUCAGUGCUCAAGUCAGAUUUCUUAUCUAGAGAUGUACCAAAUUGGCAUGGAGAUAAGCCACAUCUGAUGAAGAAGCAUGUACUGAUAUUUACUGGAAGAAGCAUCUACCGAUAUAUUUAUUAGAAAUAUCUUUACAUGAUCGAGCAUUAAGGGCUCAGACGUAUUGAUUUCUUCUUCCUUUUUUUCCAAAGUUUCAUGUAGUUAUAUCAUUCGAUGCACGAGUUCUCGAGUUCAGAAUGUUUUGUGCAUGUUCCCUUGUUCGUGCUGCUCUCACACUAAUGAGAAUGGUAGAAAGAGAGGCUCAAAAGUGUAUUUCAUUUA